AUGGCUGACCGCGCUCCUCCCCUCCGUCUCGGCUCUACUGCCCCUGACUUCGACGCCGACACCACCAACGGCCCGAUCAACUUCCACAAAUUCAUUGGUGACAAGUGGACUAUUCUCUUCUCACACCCUGCGGACUAUACUCCCAUCUGCACCACCGAGCUCGGUGCUUUUGCCAAGCUUGAGCCUGAGUUCACCGCGCGUGACACUCAGCUCAUUGGUCUCAGUGCCAAUGACACCGAAAGCCACCGUGGCUGGAUCAAGGACAUCGACGAGAUCUCCAACUCCAACCUGAAGUUCCCCAUCAUUUCCGACCCCGAGCGCAAGGUUGCCUACGCCUACGACAUGGUUGACUACCAGGACACCACCAACGUCGACGAGAAGGGCAUUGCUCUGACCAUCCGCUCCGUCUUCAUCAUCGACCCCGCCAAGAAGAUCCGCCUUAUCAUGACUUACCCCGCCUCUACUGGCCGCAACACCGCUGAGGUCCUUCGUGUUCUCGACUCUCUCAAGACCACCGAGAAGCACGGUGUUACCACCCCCAUCAACUGGCUGCCCGGUGAUGAUGUUGUCAUCCCCCCUACCGUCAGCACCGAGGAUGCCCAGGCCAAGUUCGGUGAGAUCCGAUCCGUGAAGCCUUACCUUCGCUUCACUAAGUCCGAAAACCUCAAGCAGUAA